CUCAUCAGAUUGCAUCCUUCCAGUAGGGAUAGCUAACGUUAAACAUCGGCGUCGAUUCGCCAAUGUAACCGAAGACGGUUAAUGUUAUCCGACGCACAUUGAUGAUACACGGCCCAUACACACUUACAAUGCGUCUUCAAUGCCAGAUGAUGCAGUUAGUUGACUAAUUCAUGAUUUGUGUAACAGUAAUGUUUAUGUUGACUUCUCCUUGACUGGGAAUUCCACACGUAAGAAUUCCCUGGAAAGCUCCAGCACGCUGAUUGCCGUAAGCACCUUGACGUUAAUGUUUGUCGGCACACUGUGACAUUAGGUUCUGACUGGUUUGGGCUGGACACUGGCUCGACCCUAACUGGACUGCGUGUGUGUGUGUGUGUGUGUGUGUGUGUGUGUGUGUGUGUGUGUGGGUGGUCCCAUGCAGUCUCGGGAAUGCUGCUGUUCCCUUGUGGGCGUGUGUGCUGGGCAGCGUGCUCUAGCUGAGCCCCGGUGUGUGUGUGUGUGAGUGUGUGUGUGUGUGUGUGAGUGUGUGUGUGUGUGUGAGGCCAAUGCAGUAUUGUAAAUGGGGGAAACUCGUCUGUCGGACUGCGGACCGCUGAACUGCCUGCGUGAGAAGCCGAACCCAUAACACAAACCAGCCAAUGAGAAGAGCCCAGGCCGUCCCGCCCCUUUUGACAUCACGCAGGGCUCCACUGAGCCGUCAAUCAACCCAGCCAGCCAAUCGCCUGCUGCCCCCGUCAUGAACGGCUCCCUGCUGACACCGCCCAGCCCUCGCGCUGUGUCUGACUCCUCCCCCCUGCCCCCUUCCCCGUCCCCCUCCCCGUCUCCGCCCUCCCCCUCGCUCCUGCCCCUGUCGCCCCGGCCCCCGCCCCUCCCGCCCCCUCCCCCCGCCCCCGCGCCCCCCGCCAGCGAGACGCCCACGCCGUCGCCCUCGCCCUGCCUCAGCUGGACGGAGUUCUGUGAGCUGCACGCGCGCGUGGCGGCGGGCGACUUUGCGCGCCACUUCCGGGCGUUCCUGCAGGAGAACCCCCACUACCCGCCCGACUCGGCGCCCGCCUUCUGCCGCCGCUUCACCGACCGCUUCGCCAGCCACUUCCAGAGCGAGCUCCAGGGGGGCGGGGCCUGCUGGGGCGCCGGCCAAUCAGAUGCCACCACCUCUCUGGAGGAGGACCCCGCCUUCUCUCCGCCCCCUCUGGCGCCAGAGGCCGCCUCCCCCCCCGAUAGCCUCGCCCCCGCUCACCUGCAGGCUCCGCCCAGACCGGCGUCGUCAGCGCGAGGGGGGGCGGAGCAGGAUGCGUACGGACACGCCCACAUCCUGCCUCCCUCCUCUUCCUCCUCUUGCUCCUCCUCUGUGGGCGGGAACAACGGCCGGCGGGAGGAGAGGGCCGGGGCGCUGAGACAGUCGCCGGGCAACCUGCCCGUUACCGCGGCAACCACCGCUGACGUGGAGGAGGAGGAGGAGGAGGAGGACAGCUGGGUGGGGCCUGUGGGGGAGGAGCCAGAGCCUGAUGACACGUGCGGUAGGGAGGGGCCAGAGGAGGACGAGUUCUGCCCUGACGGCUCGGAUGCCGGCGGUGGCGUCUCCACGGCGACCAAGGGCAACGGCACGUCCAAGGGGCGUCUGAAGAAGCGCUUCUCCCUGCGGAGCGUGGGGCGCAGCGUGCGGGGCAGCGUGAGGGGCAUCUUGCACUGGCGCAGCGGCUCCGGCGACGCCCCCCCGCCCCCGCCCCCGCCGCACGGCUCCGCCUCCCUGCCCUCCAGCUGCAGUUACUCGGCCGGCCUGCAGGAGGCCAAGCGUGCGCCCGGCACGCCCGCACUGCCCGUCUCGCUCUCGCUGCCGCUGGCGCUGCCCCACUCUUCCUCCUCCUCGCUGCCGCCCUCCUCCUCCUCCAGCGCCACCUCGCUCUCGCUCUCGCUCUCCGAGGCCCGCGACCGUCGCCGUAGCAACGGGGAGGGCGAGAAGGAGAAGUGGAGCUCCCGGCUGGAGAAGCUUCGCCUGUCGCGCUCUCCGCCGCCGCUGGUGUCGGCCACGCCUCCUCUGACCACGCCCCCCAGCGUUAGCUCCACCCACAGGGCUAGCAGACUGGUGAGGGAAGGCGGGGUCACCGUAAGCUCCUCCUCCUUCGACCAGCUGUCCCAGGGCUUCGGCUUCUCCUUCGGCCUGCUUCACCAUGGCAACGACAGCCCCGCCGCGCCCAGCUCUGGCCCUCCCCCGCUGGCGCUGCCCACGGGCAGGGGGUCUCGCUGGCACAAGUGCCGCCUGGUGCUGAAGGAGCGAGACCGGGAGGGCGGCCGGGGAGAAGAACACUUCCUGGAGUUCUACAUCCCACCCAAGUCCUCCAAGCCGCGGCUGACUGUCCCAUGCUGCACCAUUCAGGAAGUGAGGAGCACCACAGCCUUAGAGGUGCCAGACAAGGAGAACACCUUCUUACUGCAGCUUGAGGGUCCUCUGCAGUACGUCAUCGAGACCAGAGAUGCCGUACAGAUGAGGGCGUGGCUCAGCGACAUCAGGAACGGCAUCUGCAUCAGCGAACAAGAGGAUGCUGAGGGGGUGUGUGGUGGCGUCCAGGCUGACAUCAGUGGAACACCAGACUUCAGUGAUCGCUUCAGUCAAGUGUGCUAUGGGGGUGUUGGUGGCUCUCCUCUCGUGGACCCCCUCCCUCCUGAGUUACCGCCCAGAGCUCCUCUCGACGAAUCAGAAGGCCGUCUCAUGGGUGGGGGCGGAGCUAGCGUCGGCACACCUUUCGCGGAGACUCCUGAUGCCACAGGCUCGUUCCUGUUCUCCGAGGGCAGCGCUGGUGUGGUGGGGGAGGUGGAGCACCCCCUGAGCGAGUGCCAGUGGUUCCACGGGACGCUGUCUCGCCUGAAGGCCGCCCAGCUGGUCCUGGCCGGGGGCGUGGCCUCUCACGGCGUGUUCCUGGUGCGGCAGAGUGAAACCAGGCGCGGGGAAUACGUCCUGACCUUCAACUUCCAGGGCAAGGCCAAGCACCUGCGCCUCUCUCUGAACGAGGAUGGGCAGUGUCGUGUGCAGCACCUCUGGUUCCAGUCCAUCUUCGACAUGCUGGAGCACUUCAGAGUUCACCCCAUACCUCUGGAGUCGGGGGGCGCGUCCGACGUCACACUCAUCAGCUUCGUGGGCGCUACCGCCGUCAGGCAGCCAGGUACACACACACACACACUGUUGAAAUAUGUGCCUCUUUACUCGACCAUUCACAUGGCCAAGUUUGAACUGGCAGUGGCAAGCUACCUAGCAGCAAGCUAA